CAUCCCUUCUCCAACCAGGCAAAUCACAGCGCAUGCAAGUUCAUCCUUCCCACCCCUCUUCUCUUCCUCCCUACUCCCAGAGAAGAGCUUCCAGCAAACCGAGCUGCUGCUCACACUGCUCUCUCUGCCAUGGGCAUGUCAGAGGAGGCAGGAUGCAACCCGGAUUCUUGCUGGCAGCCAGCACCCUGGCAGCAGUGCUGGGCAUGGCCCUGCUGGAGGAUGGAGUGUGUAAGGCACCGGAUGGCAAGAAUGGCUUCCCUGGAGCCCCUGGCCGUGAUGGGAGGCCAGGGCAGAAGGGUGAUGUGGGAGAGCCAGGGAGACCAGCGUCAAGCACAGGCAUCAAGGGACCCAAAGGGGAUGCAGGCGAACCAGGGCCUCCUGGCCUCCCAGGCAUGGUUGGCAUACCUGGCCCACCCGGCCCUAGUGGAAUGACAGGGCUGCCAGGGAUGCCGGGACAAAAAGGGAUAGCUGGUGAUAUUUUGGAGCACCCGCGUCCUGCCUUCUCCGCCUCCAGGUUGUCACCCCCGCGCGCAGGCACGACAGUGGUGUUUGACAGGAUCAUCACCAACCAGGAGAACUCCUACAGUCCCCAGACCGGGAAGUUCACCUGCAGCAUUCCCGGGCUCUACUACUUCGCCUACCAGGUGGUGUCCAGCGGUGACCUGUGUCUGAGCAUCACCAAGAACAGGCUGCGCGUGGUCAGCUUCUGCGACAACAAUAGCCACGGCAUCCUGCAGGUGAACUCGGGCAGCAGCGUGCUCAGCCUGGCCGCGGGUGACCAGGUGUCCCUGACCACCGACCCUGCCCGGGGCAGCUCCAUUUACAGCGGCUCUGAGGCCGACAGCGUCUUCAGCGGGUUCCUGGUGUCCCCAGAGACAGCCUGAGGGACUCCCACAGCAUUGUGGGGUGUCUGCCUGCCUGGCUGCUCCCCUGUGGGUGUGUGGGAUGCUUUAGUGCCACAGCACAUGGGGAUGGUCCCAAAUUGAUGUGUCCUGUGCUUCCGCCAAUGUCACAACUGGCCAAGCUGUGGGUCACCACUGCAGCAGUCACCACCACGCUGAGCCUGCCUGCACUGUCCUGGAGGCUGUGGACUCUCAUCCCUUUCUCCUCCUGGGCACUCAAGCUCCACUCCCAGCUGUCAUCAGCUGUGGGUCUUUGAUCCUGAGUGGGAAAAUCACUGCCUGCCACUGCUUCUGCCCCACUAACCACUGCAAAAGCCUUCCUGGCACCGGGACACGUCCUGUCACAUCCUCCCCAUCAGUAUAAAUAAACGCUUCUUCUACCACUG